AGCUAGAAGAAAAUAAAUUAAUAACAAUUUAUUUUACACUGUAACUAUGACUGUUUAUGCUCCUAAUUUUAUAGUUUAAAUCUGCGUGGUGUGCACUCAAUCGGAAAAGGAGUUGCUUAAUUUGUCGCACCAAAGUGCUGAUGAAUUACGGAUAUAUGUGCAAAGAUUAAAAUAUUCAAAACGAAUGAGCAAACAGCGCUAGUAAUGGAUGGAAACAAAAUAUUAAACAUAGUUUUAGAUUUAAAGGAUCUUAUUAAUGUAAGUGGAAAGGAAAACUUUCGGAUUUUUCGUUUAGUUCGUAAGCUGCAAAUAAAUGAAAAUGAAAAACAAAAGAUACCGACAACCUGCAUUCAAAAAUGGUUAGUGUCACAAACAAGGAUACUGACAGAUUUUUACACCGGUCUUCGAGCUCGUCUUCAGUAGAUGGUUAUAGUAACAUCCAGAUGAAAAGUUUGAUCAAGAAAAUGGAACUUGAAAAACACUAAAUUGAGAGAAUCCAACGUGAAGCUUCAGAGAGAGUCGAAACUCCAAGAUCAACAAAUCAGACAUCUUAAUCACCAAAUUGCUUGCAAGGAAAGAAAGAUUCUUCAGAAGAAUUUAGAAAAUGCUAAGAUUGACAAACUAAGAGGCAUUUUGAAGACAAAAAGAUCGCAAAUGAAAGAUCUUCAACAAGAUUUGCAAAUUCUCAGAGAAAAAAUUACACAUGAGCAGAGGAUUGCCAAGGAGCUUCAAGAAGAGAGAGAAAGGAAUAUAGAAAGGAACAAAUUAAAAUCUAAUCAAAAUCUUACGUUGAGAAAAAUGGUUGAGGAAAUAGAUAUUUUGUUGAAGGAAUUGAUAAAUGUAGUGAAGAUCUGGACAUGCCAAAGAGCACUUAUUGAAAAUCAGUCGACAAUUACUCCAUUGGCUGAAGAAUUACUUCACCGGCGGAAAGUACUGAGAGUGGCUAUAAAGGAGCUGCUUCAGGUUACACCAAGUAAAAAACAAUCCAAAUGCCUUCUUCAAGGAUGGCUGUUGCAGAACUUAACAGAACCGUUUGCAAAGAAGCCACUUGAGACUUCUUCUGUCACAUCCUCUCAUAUCACAGAAAAAAGUGAGAAAAACAGCAAGAGUUUCUUUUCAGAAGAUCCACUGCUCUCAAGAAAUUUUUCUUUACGAAGAUGGGCAUCUGACAGUCAACUUGGAAAGUUAACUUGUAGAAAUACUAUACAUUAAAUGCAGUUUAUGUAUUGAUGUUUUGAUUUGAA